AUGGCUCAAGAGCAUUUACAGUUCCGCGGCGUCCUUCAGGGACAUACUGAUUGGGUUACCUCCAUCGCCACUACGUAUGAGGAUCCCAAGAUGGUUGUCUCCGGGUCUCGCGAUAAGAAGAUCAUGAUCUGGGAGCUCACCAACGACUCCGAGUCCGCUGGUUACCCUCGUCGUUCCCUUACUGGUCACAACCAGGCCGUCUCUGAUGUGACCCUGUCCUCUGAUGCCCAGUACUGUCUCUCUGGGUCUUGGGAUAAGACCUUGAGGCUUUGGGAUGUGUCCUCGGGUAAGACCGUCCAGACCUUCGUUGGUCACACUUCGGAUGUCUUCUCCGUCGCCUUCUCCCCCGAUAACAGGCAGAUCGUCUCUGCUGGCCGCGAUAAGUCUAUCAAGAUCUGGAACGCCAUGGGUGAGUGCCGUCACACCAUUGUUGAUGANNNNACACUCUCUUUGCUGGUAUUCUGUGAGGAGGCUGUUUGGAGUGGCCAGUUUCCAUCGAGAGUUGUUGUAGAUGUAGUUGCAUGA